AUGUCCAUUCCCAAAAGAACAAUCCUCUUCCUCGGCGCCACAGGCGGCGUCGGCCUCUCCGCCCUCCGCCGCUCUCUCGCCGCAGACCACACGUGCAUCGCACUCUGCCGCAACCCUAGCAAACUCGCCUCGGCCUUCCCCUCCUCCAACCCCCCGCCCAACCUGCACCUCGUCGAGGGCAAUGCCCACGACGCCGACACCCUCGCCCGCUGCCUGCGCGAUCCAUCAUCGUCCGAUGACCGGUCCUCGCCAGUACAUGUGGUCGACACGGUCGUCUUCUCCAUCGGCGCCCUCCCCACCCUCACGGGCAUGACAGACCCGCAUGUCUGCGAGAAGGGCAUGACGGCUCUGUUGGAGGCUGUCCGUCGCGUGCGGGAGGAAGACAAGAACAACGAAUGGAGGGGAAAGAAACUGCGCCUGGUAGCCGUCAGCACGACGGGCAUCAGCCAGCACGUGCGCGAUGUCCCACUGCUGUUUCUGCCGCUGUACAAGAUCUUGUUGCACACGCCGCACAAGGACAAGGUGGCUAUGGAGAGGCUUGUGAUGGGGAGCGGUGCUGAGGAGGGGGUCGAGUGGACGAUUGUGAGGGGCAGCUUGUACACAAGCGGGCCGGCGACGGAGGGGUUAGUGAGGGAGGGGAUGGAGGAUCCUGUUAGCGGGGUGGUGGAGGAGGGGAUUCCGGUUGGGUAUACCAUCAGCAGGGAGGAUGUGGGGAAGUGGGUGUUUGAGAAUGUUAUUCAGGGGGGUGGGAGGUGGAUUGGGAAGGCGGCGGUUAUCACUUAUUAG